GGCCAUGUUGUUAGUGUAGCUAGUUACCCAGCAAUGGUGUUUUGUUAAUACAGCUCACCAGGCGGCAUUUGUAUGUUUCACUCGGUUAACAAGGUUUGCUUACUGUUCAACGGCGUGUGCACGACGAAGAGUUAUGCCUUCAUUGUAUGCACGUAUUAAACUACACUAGUAAUUUUACAGCGCUGAUUUUAUCAAACUGAAAAGGCUUCCCCGUGGAAUGAGCAUUCCAUGCAGCAUUCUAAGUAUGAAUGACGUGGCCUGGCAGGAGACACUGGGUGGGAUGCUGCACACAAACGGUGCCCCUGAAGCUGGGGGCGUCAGAGUUCAUGGAGGGGGUUCCCUGGCAGUUGUAGGGGGAGCAGGGCAGGGUCCCGGGGGGCCACACCCUCUGCAGGGCAUGGAUAGGGGCCCCAACCCCACCCCAGGCACCCCACAGCCUCCACUGAGUGGGCGCUCUCAGGACGAUGCCACAGUUGGCUACUUCUUCCAGAGGCAACCUGGUGAGCAGUUGGGAGGUUGCACCCCUAGCAAGCACCGUUGGCCUACAGGAGAUGGCAACCACAUUGACCAGGUUCGCACUGUGGAUGAGAUGAACUAUGGUUUUCAAGCCCUUGCUUUGGAGUCCAGAGGCAUGGGUGAGAUGCUGCCAGCAAAGAAACUGUGGGAUUCGGAUGAAUUGGCCAAGGAUGGAAGGAAAGGGAUGCUCCUUGGAGAGGAGUGGAGGGUGAAUGCCUGGGGAUCUUCUCAUCACUCAGUGUCCCAGCCUAUCAUGGUGCAGCGGCGACCCGGACAUGGUUUCCAUGGGAACGGAGAUGCUAGCUCUGUGCUGUCCCCUCGCUCUGAGGGAGGAGGCUUGGGAGUGAGCAUGGUGGAGUACGUCCUGAGCUCCUCCCCCGGUGACAAGAUGGAUGGCCGCUACAGGAACGGUGGCUAUGGUGGAGUGGACGUUGACACGGACAGGAGGGAGAAGGGCGACGCGCAAGACAAGACGUCUCCGUUCGAAGAGGACAAGAGCCCUGAAAUGAAAGUGGGAGAGGAGAAUGAUGCCAAUGGGAGAGGCCUGCUCAACGGCAUGGACAGAGACUGCAAAGACUUCAACCCCACCCCAGGAAGUCGCCAGGCCUCCCCGAUUGAGGCGGUGGAGAGGAUGGGUCCCAGCCAGGCUGGGCUGGAGAUAAUGACUCAGCACCACGCACAGCACCAUGCCAUGCAGCCCCAGAAUACAACCCAGAACAAGCCCCAGCAGCAGGAGGACUUCCAGAGCCAAGAGACUCAGAACAUGGGCAGCAUGGAUCAGCAGCAGGGUGUGGAGUCCCUCCAGUUCGACUACGCUGGCAACCAGAUCCAGGUGGACUCCACAGGCACCCCCGUCGGCCUGUUUGACUACAACUCCCAGCAGCAGUUGUUCCAGCGGUCCAACCAUCUGACUGUCCAGCAGCUCACUGCUGCCCAGCAGCAACAGUAUGCCCUGGCUGCUGCCCAGCAACAACACCUUGCCGGCCUUGCUCCCGCGUUCGUGCCUAACCCAUACAUCAUCAACGCUGGACCCCCCGGAGCCGACCCCUACACUGCUGCAGGACUUGCCGCAGCAGCUACACUUGCCGGGCCUACAGUGGUUCCCCCCCAGUACUAUGGUGUUCCUUGGGGCGUGUACCCUGCCAACCUCUUCCAGCAACAGGCGGCGGCUGCGGCUGCCAGUCACAACGCUAACCAGCAGGCAUCCAAUCAGGGACCAGGGCCGGGACAGCAACAGGCGAUGCGUGCUGGGAACAACCAACGCCCCCUCACCCCUGGUCAGGGCCAGCAAAGCCAGCAGGACUCCCUGGCAGCAGCCGUCGCCAACCCGGCCCUUGCUUAUGCUGGUAUGCCAGUGUGUCUGUCUCCUGCCCACCCAGGUUACCAGAUGCUGGCCCCCGCCGCCUACUACGAUCAGAAUGGAACCCUGGUGAUGGCCUCCGGAGCCCGUGGCGGUCUGGGAGGGCCUGUCCGCCUGGUUCAAACCCCGCUUCUCAUCAACCCACAGGCCGCAGCGCAGGCUGCCGCUGCGGCGUCAGCGUCCGGCUCGGGCAACAACAUGUCGGGCCCUCAGCCCAACGGCCUGUACCGCUCCAUGCCGCAACAGCAGCCCCCGCCCCAGAACCAGGGUCUGCCCUCCAGCUCCUUCUAUGGCACUGCGUCGGUGCCGGCCAGCUCCCAGAGCAGCUCCCUGUUCUCCCACACAUCCCAGGCCCCGCCGCCCACCUCCUCCCUGGGCUUUAGUGGCACCGGCGGCUCCCUGGGCGUGGGCCUGGGCUCGGCGCUCGGAGGCUUCGGAUCAUCAGUGUCGAGCUCUACCAGCAGCAGCGUCUCUCGCCGGGACUCCCUACUGGCAAGCUCUGACCUGUACAAGCGUGGCGGCAGCAGCCUCACCCCCAUUGGCCAGCCCUUCUACAACAGCCUAGGCUAUUCCUCCUCGCCCAGUCCCAUUGGCCUAACUCCGGGCCACUCCCCACUCACACCCCCACCCUCUCUGCCAUCCUCUCACGGAUCCUCCUCCAGCCUUCACCUGGGCGGCCUGACGAACGGCAGUGGGCGCUACAUCUCGGCAGCGCCGGGUGCGGAGGCAAAGUAUCGCAGCGCAGGAGCCACCUCCAGCCUGUUCAGCUCCAGCAGCCAGCUGUUCCCGCCAUCGCGGCCCCGCUACAGCCGCUCGGACGUCAUGCCCAGCGGGCGAAGCCGCCUGCUGGAGGAUUUCCGCAACAACCGCUUCCCCAACCUGCAGCUGCGUGACUUGCCCGGCCACAUGGUGGAGUUCUCCCAGGACCAGCACGGCUCCAGGUUCAUCCAGCAGAAGCUGGAGAGGGCCACCCCUGCCGAGAGGCAGAUGGUGUUUGGGGAGAUCCUGCAGGCGGCCUAUCAGCUGAUGACCGACGUGUUUGGCAACUACGUCAUCCAGAAGUUCUUUGAGUUUGGCAGUUCAGAUCAGAAGCUGGCUCUUGCCACCCGAAUCCGCGGCCACGUGCUGCCCCUGGCCUUGCAGAUGUAUGGCUGCCGAGUGAUCCAGAAGGCCCUGGAGUCCAUAUCCUCCGACCAGCAGGUAAUUAGUGACAUAGUGCGGGAGCUAGACGGCCACGUGCUAAAGUGUGUAAAGGAUCAGAACGGAAACCAUGUGGUGCAGAAGUGUAUCGAGUGUGUCCAGCCCCAGGCCCUGCAGUUCAUCAUUGAUGCCUUCCAGGGCCAGGUGUUUGUGCUGUCCACCCACCCUUACGGCUGCAGGGUGAUCCAGAGGAUCCUGGAGCACUGCACCCAGGAGCAGACCCUGCCCAUCCUGGAGGAGCUGCACCAGCACUCUGAGCAGCUUGGCCAGAAAUAUCAAGGCGUUUCAUUGGAGAUGACACCCAAAACAUAUUAUACAGUGUCCAGCGAUGCACUGUUCAAGGAUCAGUACGGCAACUACGUCAUCCAGCACGUCCUGGAGCACGGCAGACCCGAAGACAAGAGCAAGAUCGUGGCAGAGGUCCGCGGGAAGGUGCUCCUCCUGAGCCAGCACAAAUUUGCGAGUAACGUGGUGGAGAAGUGUGUGAUCCACUCAUCCCGUGCCGAGCGGGCCCUGCUGAUUGACGAGGUGUGCUGCCAGAAGGACGGCCCCCACAGCGCCCUCUACACAAUGAUGAAGGAUCAGUACGCCAACUACGUGGUGCAGAGGAUGAUCGACAUGGCCGAGCCCGCCCAGCGCAAAAUCAUCAUGCACAAGAUCCGACCCCACAUCGCCACCCUGCGCAAAUAUACCUACGGCAAGCACAUCCUGGCCAAGCUGGAGAAGUACUACAUGAAAAGUGGCUCUGACCUGGGGCCCAUUGGCGCGCCCACCAACGGCCUCAUGUAGACCUAUCCUCCCUCUCGUGUUCCUUGAUUAAAGAGCAGAGUAGGAGCCCCCCACCCCCUUUUUUCUAGUUCUAUAAAGAGGCGCUCCAUCAGAGCUGACCUUUGACAUACCCUUUGUCCACCAUUUUGGGGGAAUUACCCAUAAAAAAUUAUUCAACUUCACCUAUGAAAUGCUGUGACAUCUGGGGGCAGGCAGACAGACUGACUGACUGUCUUGCAGGCAAUCUCUUGCGGGUGAAGCACAACCCGCCCCCAUUGUUUAUGAUGUAAUAGAUAUAACUGGCUGGUUUUUGGUAUAUAAUCUUGUACAUUUUUGUUUUUUUUUUACUUUGUAAAUCCCUCUGUAGUGGGAAAAAAGGGAGAACCGCAUUUGCUGAAAAUGUACAAUUCUUUCAAUUACACCAGCAAGUGACUUUAUAAGGCCAAAUUUGAGUGAUCCUUUUAAACAAUUUUCCAUUUGUUUUUGUACCCAGACUUACUAUCAGCUGUUCUAAUUAAAAGCCAUGUGUUUAAAUAUAAUAUACAAAAUUAUCUUUCUACUACCACACAAUGAUCCCAAUGCAAAAGCAGCUGAUGGAUCCAUUUCUACUUAUAGCACUGCAUAGUGUGGGUAGAUUAUGAAACCCAUCUUUCCCACCGGUUACUAUGUCUUUCGUGCCAAUGAGUUAGUCACCCAUUGGUCUGUUUUGGACCAACUAAAGUACUUUGCUUUGGAGAGCUCUGUACUGACAUUUUUGGGGGGGUGUCAUCCAGUUGGCUGCUCGUGAUUGUCUCGAUUUUGUUGCCUCUGUUUUUUCGCAGACCGGGGUGUAACGCCUACUCUGUCUCGCGCUGUUUGUGAACAGCUUGCAGUUGGCUUGAUUUGAUUAGUCGGCUCCAGGUGAUGACUGGCAUUGUUACUAAACGGUGUACUUUGAGAAAUUAAAACAUGCGCUGUUGUAUCCAUAGGCAGUGAUUCCACUAUACUCCACCUAUACUGUCUUAAGCAACAACAACAACAAAAAUGUUUUGCCGCCCACUCAAUGGCUACUUGGGGGCUACACCGGACACUGCUACAUAAGAUGUUUAUUCUUUUUCAGAAGCAAAGCAUGAGGUCGGGUUGUAUAGUGAAAGUUUAACCUGGUUGUAAUAUUUACAUGAAAUGACCGUAGUGGGGCUUUUGGGGAUGGGAGCAGGUUAAGCAUAGGCAUGCUGUGACAGGUUUUUAUAACUUGGAAUAAUUUUUCUUUAUCAUGUUAUGUGGGACAUCUUAUUGGUCUUGUAGUUUGAGAUGAACACUGCCCUAGAAAAGGUAUCUUUAUGUACUGAAUAUUCAUCUCUUGCAUAGAAGUAGCUUAGCAAAAAUGUAUAGCAUCUUUGUGUAUGAGUAAAUAUUAAAUUGUUGCUUUUUUGGGUAGGGGGCUUUGGCCUAAUGAGGGCACCCUCACCACCUGCAGUUCAGAGCAGUAGGAAGACUUUAUUAUUAUUUUUAAGUGGCUCAUUCCAUGUGUGUGAAGCGGAGAAUAGAUUUGGGGAUGAGCUGAGAAAGGAUCCUUGUUUAUAGGAUUGUGAGACCGUCAUAGAGGUGGUUUUAUUUUUGUUCAUUUUUUUUUUGCAGUCUGAAUAUGCAAGUAAUUUGGGUAGUCUAAAAAGCUAUACAACUCAUCUGUAAUACUAGUAGUAUUGGCUUUUGUUUUUUGCUUCAUAUGAAUAAUUGUAGAAUACAUGUAGUAUAUGUGCAGUUAAGUGUAAGUUUAUUAGUUGACAAAAAAAAUUAUAGUUGUGAUGUUUGACAGGCCUUGCUAAAUUGGUAGUGAUGCUUUUAUUUCGUCUGUACAGUUGUACAUUUGUAAACGUUGAUGCUGUAAAUGGGAUGUCUUUUACACUUUGGGGGGGGGGGGAUUGCAAAAAUGUGCAUUUUGAUGUGUGUAAAUUCAUCACUCCUUUCCCCUAAAAUAUAAUGUAUACAGUUUUAUUUGAUCAAUCGUUAUUUUAAAACUAUUUUUAUGGCUUCACAAUCUGACUUGGUUUUUGUUUUUAAUCUGUUAUGAAAAAGGUUGGCCUUGUUUUGUAUGCGGAGCUGUAUAACAUCUCCUGUUGAUAUUGUCUUUCUGACAUGUGACAGUUUAAAGGAACAACAAUGCUCUGUACUUAAAAUGAGGCUGCUUCUGGUCCUCUCUGCUACCAUGGAAAACUUCACAGGAUAUGACAGAAUUAUUUUUGUACAGAAGAGGGCUGUAUUUUGGAACAGCUACUACCUUGUAAGUGAAAGAAAUGUAAGAUAUUGUCAAUUAUAUAAAUAUGAACAUAUGAGUUUUGUCACACUGUCAAAGUCAUGUACAUUUUCAGGUGGCCUUAUGUACAUUUCCAGAUGUUAGAUGAAGAAAAAAACUCAUUUUUGGGGGGGGAAGCAGAAUUGUGACUAUGAUUAAACCGUUCUAACAUUUGA